AUGUUCCGGUUAUUAUUGUUAUUGUCACUUAGCCCAGUGGCAUUCUGCGCUUUUGGUGGUUUAAUUGGGCGAGUGCAAAGUGCCGGUGUCAGGGGCACACUGAUGUGCAACGGAAGGCCGGCUAAUCGAGUACUCGUCAAAUUGUAUGACGAUGACAGAGGAAUUGAUAUGGACGAUUUCAUGGGCGAAGCGAAAUCAGAUUCGCAAGGUAAUUUUGAAGUAUCUGGGUACAUACAUGAAAUGUCGCCGAUUGACCCGAAAAUAAACAUUUAUCACGACUGUAACGACGGCUGGAAGGCAAGUAAUGUCGAAUUGGCUGGCAAAUUUGCCGGUGAAACUCGCGACUGUAUACAUUGA